AUGGAUUUACAUCGACCUGUCGAUCCAAACAAGACUUAUGAGGAGUUGACUUCCGAAGAAAAGUUGAGAUAUGAUCAUCAAAAGCUCCAUGAGAUGCACAAAGGCCAUGAGUCAAUGCACACUACAAUGGUUCUUAUCCUCAUAGGAACAUUGGUGGUUGCUCAAAUAGUUGUAGUGGAAUGGAAGAAAAGACAUUAUAGGUCAUACUCGUUCUUCACAAUGGUUGCGAUGUGGUCUAUACCAGUGCUGAUGAGUCUUAAAAACCACUGGUUUAGGUUUAUAACUGUGUGGACAAUAUUUACGCUACUCACAGCUCUAGUCAUUAGAAAGUCCACAAGAAGACCAAUGUCGGUGACAACACCACGAUUGGUGUACAAAUGGUUCUACCUCAUAUACAAGCUAAGUUGCGUGUUCGGAGUGUUCGGCUACAUCGUGAUGAUGCUCACGUUCCUCGGCCUGAAUCUGGCAUUUGGUCAGAAGCCUCAGCCCUGGAUGGACGUCGCAUUAAUGUGCUUGUUCUAUGGACUGUACUUCGGUGUGCUCGGGCGGGAUGUGGCGGAGUAUUGCGCGGAUAAAAUGGCCGCUUCUAUAGGGUAUUAUACUAAAGAAGGCAUGCCCACGAGGCAACUAGAGACCAAUGUUUGUGCCGUCUGCGGCAACCAGCUGCUAGUCGCUGUCAAUGAAGAGGGAGUUAUAGAGAACACGUAUAAGCUGACUUGCGGCCACGUUUUCCACGAGUUCUGCAUACGCGGCUGGUGCAUUGUGGGCAAGAAACAAACGUGCCCCUACUGCAAGGAUAAGGUCGACCUCAAGAGGAUGUUCACUAACCCUUGGGAUCGACCCCAAAUGUUAUUCGGGCAAUUGCUGGACUGGAUAAGGUGGUUGGUUGCGUGGCAACCUCUCGUAUUGUUUUUAGCUCAAGGCAUCAAUUGGAUAUUCGGUCUCGAGUGA